AGUUUUUUUGAAGAAGUAAUAGUCUCUGACAUCACUCAAGUGCAUUUCGAGUUAGCGGGUGGUUAGUYAGGGUAGCAGAGGAAGCAACUUCUUCACAGAUAAGCCGGCAGUGCGAUAGAGAGACACAUGCUGUUUCAUAAGGAUACGCCUGAUUUCCAGAAAUAACCAUGUUUUUGUGGCUUAAACUCUUAGCAUUUGGUGUUGCCUUUCUGGGACAGGAUGCUUUUCUCAAAGGACAGGAGAUAACGACCACACCUGGUGCCACUCCCGCAAACAGCACGCACUUCCCCAGCCCUGGCACGGCGCCGAGCAGCCCCGCACGCAUCAGCAGCGCUGCUGCUCCCACCGCACGCACUCCCUCUGCCUCCGGGGAUGCUUCYUCAGAUGAUCACAAUUCAACAUCCUUGCACAGCACCACCUCACCAGUCAGCAUGCCAGCAAGCACUGGGAUCAGCCCCACUCUCAGCUCCACUCACACAAUAGAAACUACCACAGCGAGACCUGUAGCAUCUUGUGAUAUUUUUAAAAACAUAAGCUCCAUAAGCAACAGUGAUGCUCAAGUUGAACUGAAAAUUCUUGAAGAAGACAGAGAAUAUUUUAUUUUGGGGGAUGGCAUAAACAUGACUGUGAGUUCCAGCAACCAUACAGUAAAGCUUCCACUAUGCAAGAAAUACACUGCUAAAGUUAAAAAUGGCAACUGUUCAGACAAUACUCCUCCUUUUCKUGUUCCAGAAGUCGCCAAAACAGCUUUUGAAGUGACGAACACAACCGACAACUCUGCCACGUUAUGCUGGAGUAGCUCACUUGCCUGUGCUAAAGUGGCUGUUGCCUGCAAUGGGACACCACUUGUAGAGAUUCCUGAAAACUCUGAASAUAAAAGUCAAAUUUGUAAAAAGCUGGUAGAUUUAUCACCCAACCGUGAUUACCACUGCAUUGGAUCCAUAAGCUUUAAUAAAGAGGAGGUUCCCGAACAAACUUUUGCCAUACAGACAGACUAUGGUGCUCCAGAAGCACCACAAAACCUUGAAGUAAAGUCUGAAAGCUCUACAAGUGUAACAGUUACAUGGAUGGAACCUAAGAACACUUCAAACGGUCCCAUACAUGGCUACCGGGUGAAAUUGACUCUGGACAACARAGAUGAAGAGAUAGAAACCAACACAACUUCCUAUAUUUUCGAUGGAUUUGAACCUUAUACCAAAGGUUCUGUAUGUGUGACUUCAUAUACAAUCAACAAACACAACCAAACAAUUACGGGUGGAAGUGAAAAACGUCAAUUUACAACACAGGCAGGAGAACCAGAAAAAGUGAUUAAUGUUAAUGCAGUAUUGACAGCUGAUAAUGCUGUCCUGAUUACGUGCAAAGAACARAAGGUGUUUGGGCCAUCUACAAAAUUUGAAUUGAUUUGGAACAAUGAGGCAAAAAAUCAAAGCAAUACAACUUGCAAUUUUAACAGGGAAAAUCUCUCGUACUUGACAAUGUAUAAAUUUCAGAUCCUGGUGUUCAAUGGAAAACACAGAGGGCCACCAGCAGGGGGGAGUAUAAAAACCAGAUAUAAUUCUAAAGCCCUGAUUAUAUUCCUGGCRUUCUUGAUCAUUGUGACAUCAAUUGCUUUGCUACUGGUUCUGUACAAAAUCUACGAGCUUCACAAAAAAAAGCUUAGCAAUUCUUCUGAGGGCGUGAACCUUGUUGCAGUUAAAGAUGAUGACAAGCAACUUCUCAACAUAGAGCCAAUACCUUCAGAGCUACUGCUGGACACAUACAAGAGGAAGAUUGCAGAUGAAGGAAGGCUUUUCUUGGAAGAAUUUCAGAGUAUUCCUAGAGUUUUCAGCAAAUUUUCUAUAAAGGAGGCCAAAAAGAGCCAUAAYCAGAACAAAAACCGUUACAUUGAUAUUCUUCCAUAUGACCAUAACCGUGUUGAGCUCACAGAGAUACCAGGAGAUCCAGGAUCAGACUACAUCAAUGCAAGUUAUAUUGAUGGCUUCAAAGAACCGAGGAAAUAUAUUGCUGCACAAGGCCCCAAGGAUGAAACCACAGAUGAUUUCUGGAGAAUGAUCUGGGAACAGAAGGCAACAAUUAUUGUCAUGGUGACUCGCUGUGAGGAAGGAAAGAGGAACAAAUGUGCCCAGUACUGGCCAUCAAUGGAGAAUGGAACUGCAUCAUAUGGGGACAUCAUUGUGAAGAUCAAUGAAAGUAAAACAUGUCCAGACUACGUCAUUCAGAAAUUACACAUCACAAAUGGAAGAGAAAGGACAGCUGGAAGAGAUGUCACUCAUAUUCAGUUCACAAGCUGGCCAGACCAUGGAGUCCCUGAGGAUCCACAUCUCCUUCUCAAACUCCGACGCAGAGUUAAUGCUCUCAGCAACUUUUUCAGUGGUCCCAUAGUGGUUCAUUGCAGUGCUGGUGUGGGGCGCACUGGGACAUACAUUGGCAUUGAUGCCAUGUUGGAGGGGCUGGAUGCAGAAGGCAGAGUGGAUGUUUAUGGCUACAUCGUGAAGCUGCGACGGCAGCGAUGCCUCAUGGUCCAAGUGGAGUCACAGUACAUCCUUAUUCAUCAAGCACUGGUGGAAUACAAUCAGUAUGGAGAGACAGAAGUCAGUCUCUCAGAACUGCAUUCCUACCUUAACAGUCUGAAAAGAAAAGACCAUCCAAGUGAUCCUUCUCUGCUGGAGGCAGAGUUCCAGCGAUUGCCUUCCUAUAAGGGGUGGCGGACACAGAACACUGGGAACCGGGAGGAAAAUAAAAGCAAAAAUAGGAAUGCCAACGUAAUUCCAUAUGACUUUAACCGAGUGCCCAUCAGGCACGAAGAAGAUUGCAAUAAGGAGGGUGAGCAUGAUUCAGAUGAGUCCUCGGAUGAGGACAGCGACUGUGAGGAAUCAAGCAAAUACAUCAAUGCUUCCUUCGUAACUGGUUACUGGGGUCCAAAAGCYAUGAUUGCAACACAGGGACCCCUGCAGGAAACUAUCUCUGACUUCUGGCAAAUGGUGUUCCAAAGAAAAGUCAAAGUCAUUGUUAUGCUGACAGAGCUGAAGCAAGGAGAUCAGGAACUCUGUGCACAGUACUGGGGAGAAGGAAAGCAAACGUACGAUGGCAUAGAAGUUCAAAUGGCAGAUGUCAACUCUGGUCCCAGCUACAUUAUACGUGCAUUUGAUGUUACACAUCUGAAGACCAAAGAAACUCAGAAGGUCUAUCAGUACCAGUACCGUAAUUGGAGUGGCUGUGAUGUUCCAGAAACCCCCCARGAUUUAGUCAGCAUGAUUCUCAACAUUAAACAAAAACUUCCAGCCAGACCUGCCACUGAGGACAACAGGAGAACUCGUAGUGUCCCUCUCCUUGUCCACUGUUGUGAUGGAUCACAACAGACUGGUGUAUUUUGUGCUUUAAUGACCCUCUUGGAAAGUGCAGAAAUAGAAGAAGUAAUAGAUGUUUUCCAAGUAGUAAAAUCUCUUCGUCGUACCAGGCUGGGAGUGGUCUCCACCUUUGAACAUUACCAGUUUCUGUAUGACACCAUUGCCAGUACCUACCCUGCACAGAAUGGACAAAUAAAGAAGAACAGCCAGCAGGAAGAUAAAGUUGAAUUUUGCAGUGAAGUAGGAAAACCAAAUCAGGAAACUGAUUUGAUCACAAGUGAUCUYGCCCCACCACCGCCAGAGGAAAAUGAGCCACCUGAAAUAUGUGAUGAUUCUAAGGCUGCAGAUAGCACUAAGGGAACGGAAAGYUCUACAAAUGGCCCCACAACUCCAGUUCUAACUUAGAGCUAGACUAAAAAAAAGUGCUUUUUCACAUGCAAAAAAUCGUAAGCAAAAUUAGAGGUAUAAAAUUUCUUCCUCUUCCCACUCUUUUUUUUAAUGUUUAGUUAUUCGAGGUACAAAUAUAAAGGAAUACUUGAAACUUGGAGAGAGUGACAAAGAACUGUGGAAGUUUAAUUUCUGUGUAGAUUUGCCUUUAAUACUCCUUCAGUMAUCUUUUCACUAUUUUUAUACUUUUUCUUUUAAAAAUAUGUACAGUGUAAUACUAUGCUGAGCAGUGGGAAGGCAAUUUUUUUAUUUCUGUAGCAAGGGAAAAAGCAACUCAGAACAACAAGAUUGUUGUGUUUCAAGAACAGGUCUGUCCUCAAAAUUGCCAGUAAGUAAGUGAACCUAUUUGGUAAGCAUAAAGUGUAGUAUUUCAGGAGUUCUGGCCAAGCUCUGCAUUAAUACUACCCUUGGGACCUGUGGGACUUUGCUAAACAGUUUUAAGAGUUUAUCAUUUACAUCCUGUGGCAAAUCCAAAUAAUUCAGAUUUACAAAGGAUGUGUAAAUCCUCCCGUAUCAAUGCAGAAUWGAAAUUUUUUGCAUUUUUCUAACUGUCCUCAAGGUGUCCUUAUUGCUCCACAUAUAUUCAUCUGAUAUUCCAGUGUUGGACUCCUAUAGGAGGUUGGAGAUCCGUGUUUGAAUCGUUGCAACGGUUGUGAUAGAAAACACAUCCUGUUUACUCUUAGAGCUUAAAAUACUGAGUGCUUGCACAUCUGUUUCUUAUGCUUACUUUUAUUUAAAGGACUACUUCCAUGAAUGCCUCCACCCUCUUUUCAGAGUUGAAAAAUACUUUGAUAAUUUUCCUCAAAAGUUGUAGAUUUUAACUGGUACAGGAUUUUUUUUUUUUUAAUAAUGAUAUUUUGUAUGUUACAAUUUUGGUAUUUUUACUAUUUCUUGCUGGAUUUUUCCUACUGUUYUUAGAACAAAUAAAAAAAGGUAAUUAACAGUUGACAAGAUGAAAAUUAUUUUGUUCUCCAGUACUGUGCAAACUGAUCAUUUACUUCUAAAUGUACAACAUCUUGUGCUGUCCCAUAYAUGGAUAAAAUYUACAAAUGUCAGUAGGAAAACUCAYCAUUUAUUCUUAUGAAACUGUGUGUGUACCCAGGUAAGUGUCGUGACUCUCAGAACAAAGAAAAGAGGCUUCAUUUGGUUUUCAUUGAAGCCAUUAAAGGAACAGUUACACAACAGAUUCAGUGCUCCAAGUUUAUCACUGCUCAUUCCUAAUUUCUCA